AUGGGAAAUCACCUAAAGAAUCCUCAUCUUGAAGAAGAAGAUCAGGAAGAAGCGGAAGAAGCAGAGGAGGCACUUUCUCUCUGCGACCUUCCACUCAAACCCAACAACGAAGAUGAAGAGUGCUCUUCCAGCCUGCACACCCCACGAUCGCGCUCUGAGACGCCGGAUUUCUUCGAGUUCUUCAGCGACUUCAGCUCCGAUCAGAUGUGCCCAGCCGACGACAUCUUCUUUUGCGGAAAACUCAUAGCCAUCAAAGAGCAAUAUUUUCCUACUCCGGCCUCCCAUCAAAUUCCCAAAGCUUCCACCAGUACCGAAGAAAGCCAAACAAAUAAAACCACUUUUCGUCGACGAUCAGACUCGUUGUCCAAGCUACAAAGACCCGUAACUCGAUCAAACAGUGGUUCAAACCCGGAGCUGAUCAUGAGGAACAGCCGCUCUUUGGAUUAUAAAAAACUGCACCGAAGUUCAAACUCUAUGAUCUCAACGGCACCGGAAAUAGAGAAAAACUCAUCGGCGAAAGGCGUGCAGGGAAAGUCCGAUACGGUGCUCAAAAAGGCUGGGAAGCCUCGGCGUUACUUUUUCAUGUUCGGGAUGGUGAAGUUUCCUCCUGAGAUGGAACUUAGUGACAUAAAGAACCGACAGGUUCGGAAUAAUCCUCCGUCCACACUGUUUCCGGUGAAUCAGAGCUCCGGUAAAGGGUCCUGGAGGUUGCUAAAAGCACUGAGCUGCAAGGACCAUGCUAGCGUCGCCGUAACGGCGUCGUUUUGCAUUCCACAUCCGUGA